AGUUACUGUACUAGUACAGAGUGCAGGUGAGUGAUUCUCCAUUUGACAGGAUGUGAUCUUUUAUUCCAGUCUUAGGAACAGGGAUCACUUGUUGCAUCACUUGGGUUGUUGAAUUAACAGUUAAUUUCAUAAUUUUUUUAUGUUUGAUUAUACUUUGAACAUGCUGUAGACUUCUGCAACAUGGGUGGUGGAUAUCUCUUAAUUGAUGAUGUGAAGAGAACUGAGAAGAAGACAAACACAAUAUUUGUCUUGAUGUUGAUUCUCUGUCUUCACUUUGGACUGGUGAAACAGAACAAGAUUUUCCCACUGGACAUGGCACCUGAUUCUGUUGAUGACAAAUAUGAUGGCUGCAGAGACGAAGCCUUUAAGAGGGUGGAUAGCUACUACCUCCCACAUGAGAAAAACACCACCACUAACUUCAUAAGAGCCUGGGACAUAGCAGAGAAACAUGCAUCCAUUCCAAAAGAUGGUCUGCAAAAAGUGCAUUCCAUCUCUAUGUAUUUGUACACAAAUAACAAACCCCAACCUCCCUCUGAAUCCAUCUACCUAGACUUCAACGAAGCAAUUAGACAAGGCAGUUAUGGGUAUGGAACAUCAUUCCAGUACCAUUCCCUGCACUUCUAUCUAACUGACGCCAUUAAGAUUCUCAAACAAAGUCAAACAACAUGUAGGACCACCUACCUUAGAACCAAUGUAACUUUUGAUCUGGAUGUUAUCAACAAAGAAAUGCGCUUUGGUUAUUUUGUCUCAAGUUCUAUACAUAAGACCUUAUACGAUUUUGGAGACACAUCCUGCUUUGAGAUCAACACACGUUUUGGUGUUAACCUGACAUAUUACUCUGCCUAUGCAAACGAGGGGGAGUUUUGA